AAACAGCUAAGUGGUUUACUUCACGGUUGGAAGGCCAUGAAGAAUUGACUGGUACAGAACUAACCCCCGGGCAGCUUUACUCUGCGUACGCCUGUAAGCCACCAGAGGUAGCCAGAAAGUGGACGGAGCCCCGCGGGAACGGGAACCGGCCGAGGCGUGCCACGCCCGGGCUGGGCAGCGCCGCCGUUCGCCAGCCCGCGGCGGAAGCAGGGUCUCCGCCCCCCCGCCCCCCGCGGCGGCUCUCGGGCCGCGGGUGCCCGCGCUGGCGGGCAGCUGCCUGGGCGACCAUGUUUGGCGGGCUGCGAGGGAACAGGCAUCCGGUACCGGAGUUUUAUUCCCGGAGAAGGCGGUGGGACGGGCAGGCCGCCUCCCUGCCGGAGCAGUUGGGACUGCGAUUGGGGAUGUGGUACUGGAAAGAUGAAACCAGAACUCUUGAAUUCAGAAGUUUUACACCUGCAAUAGAACUGAAGGAGAAAGGAAAGAAAGGCAAAGCAAUACACUUUGCUGAAACUGACGGUCCCGCUUCAGACAGGUUGACAGAUAAAAAGUUUGCUUCAAGAGGCGAUAAGUCACCUAAAGCCUUAGAGAAGCGAGGUCAGCAGGGCAACGUGACACUACAUGAUGCUAAAUUUGUUGCUUUGUUUUUGCUACAAGAUACCGAGAUGCAGCGGAUCUGUUCUUUUACAACAUUUAUGAGGAAUAAAAAUCUUGACAAUUUCCUCAUGGCAUUGUUGUACUAUUUAUCUCAUUACUUGGAAAAAAACUCACUGGAAAAGAAACCCCAAAGCUAUAUGGUGGGCCUUGUAGAGAAGAAAGAGAUGGAAUUGGUUAUAAGUAAGUUAGAAGCGGCGCAGAAAUACUUGGCCCAGAAGUACUGCAUCCUCGUCCUGGGCUUGGCCAUGCCUGAUAAGCAUCACAUGUGCUGCGGAAAGUUCAUAUGCAGAGCUAAAUCAGAAUGGGAGAAAAUAUCAGAUACACAGAAAGACUGGAAAUUCUUUGAGUCCUUUUAUACUUUCUGUACAUAUGUAGCUUGGAUUGUCUUCCGACGUCAACACUUCACAGAGAUUGAGGAAGAAAUAGGGAGGCUCUUUCGUACCAAUAUGUUCAACAUUCCUCGGAGGAAGCGCGAGGAUGAAGAAUCAGGAGGGGAAAAGAAACGCAUGACUUUUGUACAAUUUAGGAGAAUGAUGGCAGAACGCCCAGCGAUUAAAAAAGCCAUCAACAUGCGCUCUCCAGUCAUGUCUACUCUGCUGCCAUCUCUCAGAGAAAAAGCUCAGAAUGUCUUUGAGAAAAAGAAUCAUCAAGGAGGCAUCAGACUCCCAGCCCCGAUGCAAGAGCACAUGGACAGUCUGGGCUCUGUGCCCAUGCCCACAGUUGGCAUCUUGGGGGAGCCUCGAUGUCUCUUCAACCCCCAUACCCUUCUGCCCCUUGAACCAGAAGAAAACACGAAACCGGAUGGGAGACAUUCUUCCCUGAUAGAAAGAAAUAACAUGAAGAUCCAGGAUACACUGAACUUAGUCAUGAGAACACUGUCCUCUCAAACAACAUUCUCUAAAUAAUCGGGUACAUUCCAUUUCUGUAAUUAAGUCCCUGUAUUUGAAGUAAACUACUUUGACUUAAUCACUUUAUAUAGGACUAAUAUUUAUUAUUAUUAAACUUUUUAAGUUCAAAUUAUUAUGUUAAAAGUUCAACAGUAGACAAUUAAAGAAUCCCAGAAAGCUUUUGAAAAACUCAUUUUCCUGUAUUUACUAGUUUGCUGUGUUAUUUAUUUACUUCCUUGGCUUCUCUGUGACUAUUUAGGGUAAGAUAUUAGGACAUUUAGCCAGUGUUCAAUGGACUAGUGAAAAAACAUCCUGUGUAAUUGUUCCUAAGUUCAUUUUUACUAUAUGAGAGAGUAUGUUUGGGACUUUUGAAAACUAAAUUUUAUAAAAAGGGAAAUUAAAAUGUUUUUAAAAUGAAAUAUUUUUCUAUGGCUAUAUUAUUAUUAUUGGCAUUGAGAUAUAAGGUAUAUCUGAUUCAUUUAAAAGCCUUUUAGCAUAUAUGUUUCAUUCAUUCUUUCAUUUACCCAUUCAACGACAAACAUGUAUUAAGCCUCUGAUCCAUCCAAAUCCGUGCGCUGGGUUAUGUAGGGAAAAGGGUUCAUCAGGACAGAGACCAUAUCCUCAGAUGUGGGUAGUAGAGAAGAUAAACAAAAUACACACCUGCUCACAAGACAAUAUUGAAUGUGUUAGAGGCCAUAAAAGAGGUAAAAACCAAGGCCCCUAAGAGGACAGAGCAGAAGAGCAAUCACUUCUAGGGGGACCAGGAGCGUUUGGACUUGAAUUUGGCUUUGGGGGGAUCAGUUGGCACUAAAGGGGGACUUCCAGUCAGAGGAAGAAUGUGUGCAAAGGCCCAGAGAUGGAAAAAUAUGCCCUGUGACCGAGGAAAGGCAAGAGCAUGAUGCCUGCGAAGGGAGCAGUCGAGGAGCAGGCUGGAAAGGACAGCUGAAUUUCCAGCUAUGGAGUGAGUUGGAUGUUACUUGGCAGGAGGUGAUGAUUAAGAAUCACUAAGGAGAGGCGCCUGGAUGGCUCAGUUGGUUAAGCAGCUAUCUACGGUUCAGGUCAUGAUCCUGGGGUCCUGGGGUCAAAUCCCAUGUAGGGCUCCCUGCUCUGCAGGGGGUCUGCUUCUCUCUCUGUCUGCUGCUCCCCCUGCUCGUGUUCUCUCUGUCUGUCUCUCUCUCAAAUAAGUAAAUACAAUCUUAAAAAAAAAAAAAAAAAAAAAAAAAACUGCAAAGUUUUUAUCAAAAUCAUGUACUAUGAGCUAACCUUUGUUGGACUUUUAAUUUAUGUAGAGAAUUUGGUUAUAAUGUACUCUGUCAUAACAAAUUUCUAUCUAAAAUAUGUUGACAUGGUUUUAUUUUUUGUUUUUGUUUUUAUUUUUUGAUAUUUUAAAAUAAAGCCUGAGAAUUAAGA